AUGAGAUCGACAGAGAUCGAUCAUUGCCGAGAUCGAACAAGAAUAUUGACCCUAGAAUCUCGACCGAAGGCGGGAAAGGCCGACGCAACUCAGGACGAGGCAGAAUUCCCCGAUCCGGGACGAGGAUGCCCAUCUACGCCAACGACUAGCCCCGAUGCCGAUCAAUACCUGAGCGGCAAUGCUGAGGGCGGCGGGAUAAGGGAGAACAUCCCGGACCAGGCCACCGAUCGGACGGACACCAAGGACAUCAAGACGGGAAAUCUGACUGACACCAAGGAUAUCGAGCCGAAAACGGAAAAGCAAACCCAGAUGCAACUCGAUCAAGGCCAGAUCAAACUCGAUCCCGGCGAAGAACCCGACGCAAAGCUCCCGAUUACACUACUGAGGGCGUCAAACAACAAGAUCAGCCAGCAGAAGGAGCCACAGCGAUCACCCCACACGAUGCCGAGGGCGAGGAGGAGAUAUACUACCAUGACAGUGGCAAUAUCUCAGCCGAAGCUCUUGAAGGAAACCUGGCUGUCCUCCCCGAAAUCCCGAUCUCGACGACUGCGAAGCAUUGAGGAUCUGCAGGUGGGAGACUCCGGAUCGGCCACACCCGAGGAGAUCGAGAAACUCCGGCAGAUAAUCUGGAAGAAGCGCCAUCUGCUGAUCGGCAAAGGGAAUGCCUUACCCCCGGAAGCCAAACGCGUCGUACGCGAUAUCGAUGUCGGAAACGUGAAACCGAUCGCACUGCGAACUCGGAAAGUGCCCACGCGAUUCCGCGAGAAAGUCGCAGGCCUGUUCAAGGGUCUCCUGGCAGCCGAGAUCAUCCGACCCUCAACAUCGCCAUGGACCUCGCCGAUCGUGAUUGUUCCCAAAGAGCGACGGCGUAGAUAUCAGGUUUACUGCUCGCUAGAUAUGGCCAGCGGUUUCUGGGUCGUGCUCAUGACGGAUCGGGCUCGCGAGAUCUCAGCAUUCAUUACUCCGUUUGGACUAUUCGAAUGA